AAUUGGUAUAUAUGUGCAUGGUUGGUUCUACGACGUUUCAUUGUAUAGAACGUAUGGAAUAUUAAGAAAUUCUUUAAUCUGUAAUUUAAUCAGGUUCAAUUUAAACAAAUCUUUUACAAUUAUUUUCUAUCAUUUAUAUUUACAAAAUUUUUGUAACAGGAUCUUUAAAUAAACUAUGCAUCGGUGAUAUGGUAUAUAUUAAAUUAUAUAUAUAUAUAUAUAUAUGUAGAUAAAAAAUAUAUUUAUCGACGUUUUGAUUUUACUCAAUAUGUCUACACGUUAUAUGAAAAAAGUUUUUGGUGGAGAUGUAAUCGUUGAUGGAGAUAAAGAAAAUGUUAGCGAUGUGGAAAAUUCAGUAAAUGACAACUUCAAAUCAAAAUCAUUCAAUGUGUUUGAUGUGUUAAAUGAUAAUUCACCAAGCGAAAGUGAAACUGUGGGUGAAACACACAAUGAGACAAAUUCAGAUAUUGUUAAAGGUAAAAAAAAAAAGAAAAAGCGUAGGAAACCAGAUAUUGGUAAAACACAAAUACGUAAACCUGAAGACGAGGAAGAAAUAGAUGAAAUUGAAAGAACAGUAAGAGAAGUAAAUCAACUACUUGGAGAACCAUUACCAGGUUCUAGCAAACAGAAUUCUGAAAAGCCACAAUGGAUUGUAGGAAAAUCUAAAGAAAGUAUUCUGACUGUUCAACAUAAACAAUUAAAUCCAUAUAAUGAACUUAAGAGAAUUUUUGGAAGUAAAACUAUACAAGCAGAACAAGGCAAACGAAGGAAUAGAGGACGUAUAGGUCACUUAAAGAAAACUUGGUUGGUAUCUCCAAGAGAGAAUUGGCCACCGAUUGGAAAAUCUGGAUUAUCAAUGUCUUUGGAUUCUACAAUGAAAUCUGUUGAAAAUGUUCAAUAUUUUGUUUAUGAGCACGAUUCUUCAUAUAGACAGAUACAAUCUAAAUUCUUUGAAGCUGUUGAAAGUUCCAAUCCUGAAAGUCUUAUAAAUAUAAUAAAUACUCAUUCUUAUCAUGUGGAUACAUUACUGCAAUUAGCAGAAUUGUGUAAGCUUAGCGAGGAUUUGCCAAUGGCUGUAGAAUUUACAGAAAGAGCAUUGUAUUGUUUAGAGUGUGCAUUUCAUCCAUUGUUUAAUAUGACAACAGCAUGUUGCAGAUUGGAUUAUAAGAAACAGUUAAAUCGUGCAUUGUUUAUAACAUUAUUUAAACAUCUUAUCUUUGUUGGUGGACGUGCUUGUUACAGAACAAGCCUAGAAUUUUGUAAAUUACUGUUAGCACUUGAUCCUCAACAAGAUCCAUUAGCAGCUGUUCUAUUUAUUGACUUUUAUGCAUUAAGAGCCAGAGAGUACGAAUGGUUUGUGGAUUUCUGCAAUCUUUGGGAUAACGCAAGGAAUUUAACUCAACUUCCAAAUAUAGCUUAUAGUUUGGCUCUUUCACAUUUUUGUUUGGGCAAUUAUGAUACUGCAGAUGAAUUAUUACAAAAUGCUCUCAUAAUGUUUCCAGGGGUUCUCAUGCCCUUAUUAGAAAAAUGUAGUGUACAAACUGACUCGAAGGUGACUGCUCAUAAUUUUUUCAAUAGCAAAGCUAAAACAACGACUUCUGUAGCCUUAGAGAAAUUACAAAAUUUGUACAUAGUACGUAGUUUUCAUUUAUGGAAAGAAGCUGAUAUUUUGCCAUGGUUGGAAAAAUGUGUACAUUUAGUCCUUGAUCGGAUUGAUUCUCAAGAUAGUUAUGUUAAAUAUUGUGAAGUAAAGCGUGGCGAACGAUAUAAGGGGAAUUUGCCAACAAAUAUUUUAAGACACAUUAUACUUGCAGAUAUAAAAGAGAUUACAGUCAACAUUCAAGAGAUUCAAGAGGCAGCACCAGUGUUAUUACACGAUCCACUACCACCUGCUAACAGUAUAGAUACUUAUGGACGACCUACUACAGGUCAAAGAGGAAAUUUAAGUAAUUGGAAUCUUUUUUCCCUUUUCUUUUCUUCAUUGUUUGGGGAUGUAGAUGCAGCUAUUGCAGAAGUUGCAGACGUUGCAGAAGAUCUUGCUGCCCGUGGAUUCAAUUUGUUCGAUCAAAAUGACGAUCGAGCGUAAGGUAACUCAAGAUAUUUAUAUAAAUACAUAUCUGCGAGUUUGCAUUACUAUUGUUUUUAUGAUAAUUUGUCAUGCAGUUGUAAAAAAAUAUCUCUUUUAAGAUUUACAAUAUUUGGAAUAUGUAGUUAUCAACUGUAAAAGUAUUGAACAUUUAUUUUACAAUCAACUGAUAAAUUGAUAAAUCACAGUGAAAGUUGAACUAAUCAUUGAGCAUAACUAAAUAAUUUUAUUUAUAUAUGAUAGUAUUUAACUGAUUGGUUGUUACAUCUAUUGGUAACAGCCACGAUCGUCAUAAAAAGGUAUAACAGAGUGCAAUAGAUUUAAAUUUUGCCCGGUUCAAGAGCAAUGAUUGCGAUUGAAGUUUUUUUAGAAAGUAAGUCUUUUUCCCAACUCUUUCACAUCGUUAAUCUACUUUUUAAGAAUCCAUUCUUUAUCACAUGUAGAAUUCGAAUCGAAUCCAUAUUCACCUAUAUAUUUGCAAAUUUUAGUUUGUAAUAUUCUGUUUUUGGAAAAAUUCUACAUAAUGAAAUGAAUAUAAGAGGUAUCAAAUAUGUUGUGAAUUUUUCUAAGUGAUAAAUAAGUUAUGUAAUAUUAACAUCUAAUAGAGGAUAUUCUAUUAAUCAAAAUUUCUAAUUUACCCAAACGCCUGUGUUCAUUAGAAAAAAAUUAUUAUUUUCCAACGCACUUAUUUACAGAUGUAUACAAUUGUUCAGUAAUAUAAUCUUAUUGUUAA